ACAAUUAUUCCUCCUCGCACCUUUUUAACACUUAAACCUUCACAUUCAACUCGCACUUUUAACUCUUGUUAAAAAAAAAAAAAACAUUGUAAACCAUGACUGAGGGGACGCCAGUACAAAGCGAGACGGCGGACGAGGACGCGGUGGCCUUCGGAGUCCCGGUGGAGGAGAAGCAGAAGAACGGAGACAGCAGAGUGACGGUGGCCGAGCACAGCGCGGCGGCGGCGGAGGAGGAGAGCGGCUUCGUGCACCCGGAGGGCGGCUGGGGAUGGCUGGUCAUGCUGGCCGCCAUGUGGUGCAAUGGCGCGGUGUUCGGGAUCCAGAACGCCUUCGGCAUUCUCUUCCUCUCGCUCCUUCGGGAGUUCGGCUCCGAGGAUGAUGACGACCUCCGCUUCAAGACAGCCUGGGUGGGCUCUCUCUCCAUGGGCAUGAUCUUCUUCUGCUCUCCCAUCGUCAGCGUCUUCACGGACAUCCUGGGAUGCAGAAUCACGGCUGUGGGCGGAGCUGCUGUGGGCCUGGUCGGCCUCCUGGCCAGUUCCUUUGUCACGUCCCUGGGUCCCAUGUACUUCACCUACGGCAUCGUCUUCUCCUGCGGCUGCUCCUUCGCCUACCAGCCCAGUCUGGUCAUCCUGGGCCACUACUUCAAGAAGCGCCUGGGCCUGGUGAACGGCAUCGUGACGGCCGGCAGCAGCAUCUUCACCAUCACCCUCCCCUUUGUGCUGUCCAUCCUGCUGGGCCGGGUGGGCCUGCAGAACACCAUGCGGGUCCUCUGCAUCCUCAUGUUCGUGCUCAUGCUGGCCGGCUUCACCUACAGACCUCUGCUGCCUGCCAAGCCCAGGACCACUCGGGGCUUUUGUCCACCCAUGAGCCAGAUCUUCAAUAUCAACAUCUGGAAGUCUGUGGGAUAUCGCAUCUGGGCUUUUGGCAUCCCUGCUGCUCUUUAUGGCUACUUUGUGCCCUACGUUCAUCUGAUGAAGCAUGUCGAGGAGCGCUUCGGAGAAGAUUCCAACAAAGAAGUGCUGCUCAUGUGCAUUGGCAUCACGUCUGGUGUGGGCCGGCUCAUCUUCGGCAGGGCGGCGGACUACAUCCAAGGGGUCAACAAGGUCUACCUGCAGGUGACGUCCUUCUUCGUCAUCGGCGUGAUGUCCAUGAUGAUCCCGCUGUGUCACAUAUUUGGAGGUCUGAUCGCCGUGUGUCUGCUGAUGGGGAUGUUUGAUGGCUGCUUCAUCUGCAUCAUGGCUCCCAUCGCCUUCGAGCUGGUCGGCCCCGCCGACGUCUCCCAGGCCAUCGGCUUCCUGCUGGGCCUCAUGUCCGUGCCCAUGACUGUGGGACCACCCAUUGCAGGCUUUCUCCGGGACCGACUGGGGAACUACGACCUGGCCUUCUACCUGGCAGGUAUCCCCCCGCUCAUCGGCGGAGCCAUGCUGUGCGUCAUUCCCUGGGUGGAGGCCAGGAACAAGAGGAGGCAGAAGGAGGACGCCCUGAAGAGCGAGCAGGACGUCACCCACAAGAUGUUGGACCAGGACAAAGCUCAGGAAGACCCGCAGGUCAAAGCCGGCGAGUCGGUCCUCUAAUGAAGGACGUGACUCAGACUUUUACGUGUCACAUCAUCGCAGAUCACUUAGCCGUGCCUUUCAGUAUCACCAGCUCCGUCAAUAGGAGAGCAGCUUUAAUUUACCAGGAAUGAUCACCAGGACACGUCCACUCUCCUGGACACUAAAGGGAAAUAAGUCAACACUAGCACUUGUUAGGAACAUCCACGCAUUUCAUGUUAGGCCGUGUCUCAACUCUUAUACUUCCCUUCUGAGUGCACACUUCUCUACUUACACUUACCAGGUCGAUUACGACUCAAAUAGCACGUGCUAAAUAGGGCGGGCAAACGUUAAAACUGCGUGAACUAUUUGUCGGCGUGUGAUCGACUAAGACUGCGCGUGCAACUGAUAACAAGUGGCACCCAAUUUGAAUAGGAACUUUGCAUGUGCCCAUGGAAACACUCAUUUACUGCACAUCCUGCAUCCUGUACAUCAGUUCAUUAUCCAUCUCCCUUCCACUAAAGUGCAGAAAUGACAAGUUAGAUUGGCGAUGGCAGUUUUUGCCACUAAGCUCCACCCACUUUGGGUACGUAGGAGCAGGUGCCCAUCGAGCACUUCAGGGUGUCAUCAUUUUAUAUAUUUUUUGUCAUCAUUUCUACCAAAUAAGAUCAAGAUCUGAAUAUAGCCGAGUAAUUAACGUUUCAUGUGUUGUGGCGAAUCAUCAGAGAA